UCGCAAGAAGAUAGCAUUUGGAAUUAGUGGAUGCAUUAUUCCGAUAAAAUUGUUGUGCCUUUAAACUAAAAUUAAUAGUCAUUUGACGUCAUAUUUCAUUGCGUUUGGAAGUGUUCCUGUGAAAUAACACGUGCAUUAUGCAACGCAUAGCUGUCAUUGGUGGCACCGGCAUGACCGGUGAAUGUGUAGUGGAUUACGCGUUGAAAAAGGGAUUAAACGUCCGCCUUUUAUAUCGCAAUGAAAAAACUCUUCCGGAACGUUUUAAGGACAAAGUAGAAUUAGUUAAAGGCGAUGCCUUAAAUUUAGAAGACUGUAAAAAUGUAAUUGAUGGUGUUGACGGCGUUUGCAUAAUUUUAGGAACACGUAAUAAGUUGGAGGCUACCACCGAUUUAUCUAGUGGAACGAAGAAUUUGAUUACAGCCAUGAAAGAAAAAGAUAUUCGCCGUUUCUCCAUUGUUAUGUCGUCAUUUUUAUUCCGUCCACUCACUGAAGUUCCUGGAGUAUUUCAUAAAUUAAACGAGGAGCACAAACGUAUGCUGGAUUUGACAAAGGAGUCCGGUUUAGACUAUGUGGCUAUAUUGCCCCCACAUAUAUCCGAUGAGCCUUCCACUAAUUAUACAGUGCUGCAUGACGACGCACCUGGUCGAGCUAUUUCUAAAUAUGAUUUAGCAAAAUUUGUUGUUGAUUCAUUGGAACAAGAUGAACACAUUUGCAAAGUUUGUGGAGUAGCAAAGAAAAUAGCGCAGUAAAAUUAUACGAACAAAGGCUCUAUCUGUUAGCCGAUAUAAUAACGUAUCUGUUUAAUUAUUCAUUAUUACUCAAACUGCACAAAAGCAAUUAACAUACAUAUAUGUAUGCACAUACGUAUACAUUUACGGUUGUAUAUUUAAAUUAUUUUGGAUUUAUGGUAAAGCGCAGCUAUAUGGAAUUAAAUAAAUUACAUUCAACUUUAAA